AUGGAUGCUUUAUUCAAGCUUCAAAGGUUCAGUGAGGAGAGGAAAGUCAGGCUAGCCGCAACAGAGUUUGAGGGAUAUACUAUUACGUGGUGGCAAAAUCUCUCCAGCAUCAGGAGACGCAAUGAUGAAUCAAUAACUUCAUGGCAUGAGAUGAAGGAGGUUAUGAGAAACAAAUUUGUUCCCAUCCACUAUGGGCGCGAUCUCCACAAGAAACUCAGGAAACUAUCUCAAGGAACCAGGAGCGUAGAGGAGUAUCAUCUUGAGAUGGAAACCUUCGUGAUCAAGGCUAAAGUUGAGGAGGAAGUUGAAGCCACGAUGGCUAGAUUCCAAGAUGGACUGAAUACGGAUAUCCAAGACAGGUUGGAGAUGCAAGACUUCCAUACCCUUGAGGAGAUGGUUCAUAAAGCCACACUGAUUGAACAACAGCGCAAGAGAUGGAAUGCCACACGAAGUCCUUUUGGUUCUAACUCAAAAUCUUCUUACUCCAAGGAUGACAAGUCAAACGCCAAGCCAAAGGAGGGAACUCCCUCAACUUCAUCAACACCAUCGACAACUACCCGUGAGGACAAAUGCAAGGGACCAGCAACACCAGUAAGGGCCACAAACAUCAAGUGCUUUAGGUGUCAGGGUUAUGGUCAUUAUGCCAAUGAAUGCACCAGUAAGAAAGUCAUGAUUGUCUUAGCUAAUGGAGAAGUUAUCUCAGAGGAUGAACAAGAAGAAUACGAGUCUGAUGGGGAAGAAGAUAUGGACUACCCUGUUAAGGGUGAGAUGUUAGUUACUAGAAGAGCCUUGAACGUCCAGCCUAAAGUCAAGGAGACAGAGCAGAGAGAGAACUUAUUCCACACAAGGUGCCUGGUGCAAAGUAAAGUGUGUAGUCUGAUCAUAGAUGGAGGGAGUUGUACCAAUGCAGCAAGUGAAACCUUUGUGGAGAAGCUUGGGCUAUCCGUACAUAAACAUCCACGACCAUACUUGCUUCAAUGGCUGAGCGACAUAGGAGGAGAGCUAAGGGUGACAAAACAAGUGAAGGUACCACUCACGAUUGGAAGGUACCAAGACGAAAUCACUUGUGAUGUAUUACCCAUGGGUUCCAGUCAUAUCCUGUUGGGGAGGCCGUGGCAAUUCGACAGAAGGGAAUACAAGGAUGUCUUUCCAGAUGAUAGCCCCGUUGGCUUGCCACCCAUCAGAGGCAUUGAGCACCAGAUUGAUCUUGUACCAGGAGCUACACUUCCUAAUCGUCCAGCCUACAGGACCAACCCUGUGGAGACUAAGGAGCUCCAGAAACAAGUCAAUGAGCUGCUGGAGAAGGGACACAUCCGAGAAAGUAUGAGCCCGUGUGCUGUACCAGUACUACUAGUUCCCAAGAAGGAUGGGAGCUGGCACGUAUGUUUUGUUGUGACUUCACAGGGUGCACAGGUUGAUGAGGAGAAAGUGAGAGCCAUCAGGGAAUGGCCGACGCCUAAGACCAUUGGAGAGGUCCGGAGCUUUCAUGGAUUAGCUGGUUUCUACCGAAGGUUUGUAAAAGACUUCAGUACUAUUGCUGCCCCACUCACUGAGGUUAUAAAGAAGAGUGUGAGAUUCUUAUGGGAUCACACCCAAGAUAAGGCAUUCCAAUUGUUGAAAGAAAGAUUAUCUAAUGCCCCACUACUUGUGUUACCUAACUUUCUUAAAACUUUUGAGAUAGAAUGUGAUGCCUCAGGAGUAGGUAUUAGAGCUGUGUUGAUGCAAGAGAAGAGACCUAUAGCUUAUUUCAGUGAAAAGCUAAGAGGUGCUACUCUGAACUACCCUACCUAUGACAAGGAGUUGUACGCACUGGUGAGAGCCCUUCAGACGUGGCAGCACUAUCUUUGGCCUAAAGAAUUUGUGAUCCAUACAGAUCAUGAAUCUCUCAAACAUCUCAAAGGACAACAGAAGCUGAACAGGAGACAUGCAAGGUGGGUAGAAUUCAUAGAAACCUUUCCUUAUGUCAUCAACUACAAACAAGGUAAGGAGAAUGUAGUAGCAGAUGUACUCUCACGCAGGUAUAAAGGAUUUAUUUUCUAUGAUAACCGCCUGUGUGUGCCGUGUGUUUCUUUGAGAGAGCUGUAUGCUAGGGAAGCUCAUGGAGGAGGCUUGAUGGGACACUUUGGUGUUGCGAAAACACUAAGCACCCUGCAGGAACAGUUCUAUUGGCCUAAGAUGAAACAAGACGUGGAGAGAGUGUGUUCCAGGUGUGUCACUUGUAAGCAAGCUAAAUCAAAGGUACAUCCGACUAGUUUGUAUACUCCUCUUCCCAUAUCUGAACAUCCUUGGGUUGAUAUCUCUAUGGACUUUGUUUUAGGUUUGCCUAGAACUAAAAGAGGUAGGGAUAGUAUCUUUGUGGUGGUUGAUAGGUUUUCUACGAUGGCACAUUUCAUUCCCUACCAUAAGACUGAUGAUGAAUCUAUUGUAGCUGAUUUUUUCUUUAGAGAAGUAGUUAGAUUGCAUGGAAUGCCUAGGACAAUUGUUUCGGAUAGAGACACUAAGUUCCUUAGUUAUUUCUGGAAAACUUUAUGGGCAAAGUUGGGAACCAGACUGUUGUUUUCUACAACUUGUCAUCCCCAGACUGAUGGCCAAACUGAGACUGUGAAUAGGACAUUGUCGACCCUAUUGCGAGCGUUAAUUAAAAAGAACCUUAAGACUUGGGAGGAUUGUUUACCUCAUGUGGAAUUUGCUUAUAAUAGAUCACUGCACUCAACAACAAAGUUCACUCCCUUUCAGUUUGUAUAUGGGUUUAAUCCAUUAGUUCCUCUAGUACUUCAACCUGGUGAUUUAGUUUGGAUACAUCUCGGGAAAGACAGGUUUCCUCAUGUGAGAAAGUCCAAGCUAAUGAAACGGAAAGAUGGACCCUUCAAAGUGCUCAAACGGAUCAACGACAAUGCUUCUCAGAUUGAUCUUGAAGAUGAUUUGGAUUUGAGGACAAAUCCUUUUAAAGGAGGAGGGGAUGGUGCGGCCCAGACUGAAGCCGAGCAAGACAGUUCCAGCAGUGAUGAGGAGAGUGAUGAGGAAGGUGAUGAGCAGGACAAGUACAAGGAUGAUGAGCUAACUGAACUUUGGUCAAGUGUGAACCAGUGCGAUGGAGGUGCAUCUAGUUGGAAGCCUGACAUGGAACCUAAGGAAGACGUUGGCACAGUUCAAGAGGACAGUAGCAUGCUAGAACCGGCAGAUGGGAACAGCGUGCCAGAUCAAGACCCCUUGGUCUUGAGGGAGGGACCUAUCACGAGAUCCAGAGCCAGAGCCCAAGAGAAAGCCUUACAAGACUUACUCAAAUUCGUGAGAGCUAAAGUGGAGGAGCUGGACGAGAUCAAGACUAAACCAGCUUCAUCAAGAACAUUGAACUCACCUAAGGAGAGGAAUCUCCAACAUGAUCAUCCUAGCAACCAGCAGGGAACACCUGUGCUAGAGAGUAGCUAUACAUCAUGUAAGCAAUCCAUGGCUUACAGGAGAAGUCCAUCCGUACAAAGAGUGUUAGAAACCUCGGAGGACAACUUCAAUUCAUCCCACUUCAAGUGA